AUGUACAAGAAUUUCCACUGGACCAUUGCAACAACUGACAAACUUUCUCCAUACACAAUGACAACCAACACCACCUAUGUCCUUCCCACCUCUCCUGUCAGCUCUUCUUGGUCAAAAGAGGCUAUCCUCGCCUUGGUGGCCAUCAUCAUAUCGCUCGUCAUGUCCGGUCUAGGUUUUCUCUUCAAGCAUAGGUUGAAAACGUUCUUUCCACCCAGGCUCAAAAGACGCCGGUCGGUUAGGGUCACACAAGAUAUUGAGCUCGCAUAUGGAUCCCACACCGAUACAAGUUGCGAAUGGGUGGAUAUAGAACGGAUCAGAAGGUAUCAACAGGAUACAUAUACUUCGCUCCUCCAUACGCGGCACGGUCCAGACGGUUCACAAAAGUGA